AUGAUUUUUUCUUUAAAUGAAUUAGUUCAUUGGUUAGGAUUAACAAUAUUUGAAAUAUGGAUAAAUUUAAUAUCAUUGACAAUUUUUACAAUAUUACUUGCAUUAAAACUAGAUAAUGAAUACUUUAUGGAUAAUUCUGGUUGGUGGAUAGUGUUUUCUCCAUUAUUUGUUGCUGAUGGUUUAAAUACCUAUUUUUGUGCAAUUAUUUUUAUAAGAAUGCAUAUGGGAAGUAUGAUUAAAGUUGGAAUAUUGAGAGCAUUGUGGAGUUUAAUUUCAUUACUUUUAGUUUUUGUUUUUAAAUAUUUGUUAUGUAAAAAAUUAUCAGCACAAAGUACUCUUGAAUAUUCAGAAGUGCUAAGUCCUGUAUUUAUUCUUCUACAGUUAAUUGCUAUAAGAGCUUGUCAACUUCAUUAACCUUACCAUACAACCAGGGAAAUGUGUGUAAAUAUAGAAUAAAAUAUAGUCAAUAUAGUAUUUUAAUAUAAGACCUUAAAAACUUAUUUAAAU